AUGGUUUGUACCAUGUUUAAUUAACCAAACAAUCAUUGUGCUAUGUUUAUGGAGUGUAACAAUAGCAUUUCAUUAAAUUAAAAUGAAAUUACUGCUAGACUAGGUUUGAAGGUCACCUCCGUGUUCCCCUCUUCUCCAGGACACAGCGGAGGACAUGCAGUCCAUAGACAGCUGUGAGUACAUCUGGGAGGCAGGGGUGGGGUUCGCUCAGUCACCCCCUCUCAACUAUAUCCACGACCUCAACAGGUGAGACCCAGGGAGGACGGAGGGGGGGGGGGGGGGGGGAGGGGGGGGGGGGGGGGGGGGGGGGGGGGGGGGGCGCAUCCCUGAAUUACUAGAUCUACUUGUGUAGGAUAGGGUAUAAUCAAUAUGGCGACAAUUCCACUUGGUACAUCAGGGGGCAAGAUGAAACUCCUACCAUGUACACCUGUCCAGCCGUCUCAGAGCCAAGGGGCUCGGAGUUGAUUUCAGAUUUGUUCAUAUUAUUCUCUCUCCACUGUUGUGGUCAGGAUGGAGCUUCUAAAGCUGCUGCUGACCUGUUUCUCUGAAGCCAUGUACCUGCCCCCCUCUGCUGACAACAUCCUCAACCCCUGGGUUACCUUCUUCUGCGCAACAGACAACCGGUAACACACACACACACACACACACACUUUAUGACUGAUGAUUUGGUUUGAAGAGUGUGUGUGUGUGUGUGUGUGUGUUACACUAAUCGUAACCUCUUCCUCCCCCUCCCAGACAUAGCCUGCCUCUCUUCACGUCUCUCCUCAACGUGGUGUGCGCCUAUGACCCAGUGGGGUACGGUAUCCCCUACAACCACCUGAUGUUCUCUGACUACCGAGAGGUGCUGGUGGAGCAUGCUGUCCAGGUCCUCAUAGUGACUCUGGAGCACGAGACCGGGCCAGCCGCAGCCCAACACAGCCCGGCCCACUCAGACUCCACAUCCGCCAUGGAGGACCAGGAGGUAAAAAGAGACCCUGAUUCUCCAAUCCCCUGUGGAGAUCUGGAUAGGAAUAAGUAACAUGGCGGUAGCGCCAUCUUGCCACGUGGAAUUGUUGGUUGUUGUAUCAUCUGUUGUCAUAAUGUUUCUCUUUCUUGUGUUCUCAGCCUGUAGGACCAGACAACCUGUUUGUAAACUACCUGUCCAGGAUCCAUAGGGAGGAGGUAAGACACUAACGUACACUGUUUAAACGGUCAAUCCAGAGCCAUAUGACUCCGGGUCAAUCAGAGGUCCUUUUUCUAACCAUUCAAGUCACAGUACAUUGAAGUCACAGUACAUUCAAGUCACAGUACAUUGAAGGGUGAGUUUGUUGUUGUCUUUCCCCAGGACUUCAGCUUCAUCCUGAAGGGUCUGGCCAGACUGAUGACCAACCCUCUGAUCCAGACCUACCUGCCCAACUCAGCCAAGAAGAUCCAGUUCCACCAGGAGUUACUGGUGCUCUUCUGGAAGCUCUGUGACUUCAACAAGGUUCGGACCGGAGCGCUAGUACCUGCAUCGCAUCAUUUCUACAUUGAAGGAUACAACACUGCUGUAUUAGCCUUAACUAGGACUGUUGCGGUGACUGUAUUACCGCCACACCGGCAGUCAUGAGUAACGGUAAUCUCUUCUUAUGCACUCUGGACAUUUACAUUUAAGUCAUUUAGCAGACACUCUUAUCCAGAGUGAAUACAUAUUUUUUAUUUAAAUUUUUAUACUGGCCCCCCCGUGGGAAUCGAACCCACAACCCUGGCGUUGCAAACGCCAUGCUCUAUCAACUGAGCUACAUCCCUGCCGGCCAUUCCCUCCCCUACCCUGGACGACGCUGGGCCAAUUGUGCGCCGCCCCAUGGGUCUCCCGGCCGCGGCCGGCUACGACAGAGCCUGGAUUCGAACCAGGAUCUCUAGUGGCACAGUUAGCACUGCGAUGCGGCGCCUUAGACCACUGCGCCACUCGGGAGACAUGCGGUGGUUAGUACCCAACUCGCUAUUAAUGACCAUCAGGUCGCUAACGGCCUGGUACUCAGGGCUCUAUUGUCCCUCUAACCAUCAGGUCCUAACGGCCUGGUACUCAGGGCUCUAUUGUCCCUCUAACCAUCAGGUCCUAAUGGCCUGGUACUCAGGGCUCUAUUGUCCCUCUAACCAUCAGGUCCUAAUGGCCUGGUACUCAGGGCUCUAUUGUCCCUCUAACCAUCAGGUCCUAAUGACCUGGUACUCAGGGCUCUAUUGUCCCUCUAACCAUCAGGUCCUAAUGACCUGGUACUCAGGGCUCUAUUGUCCCUCUAACCAUCAGGUCCUAAUGACCUGGUACUCAGGGCUCUAUUGUCCCUCUAACCAUCAGGUCCUAAUGACCUGGUACUCAGGGCUCUAUUGUCCCUCUAACCAUCAGGUCCUAAUGACCUGGUACUCAGGGCUCUAUUGUCCCUCUAACCAUCAGGUCCUAAUGGCCUGGUACUCAGGGCUCUAUUGUCCCUCUAACCACUCGGACAUCGAUGCAAAUCCAAUCGAAAAUCACAUCAAACACUUAUCAUCAAAACAGUAUCGCGCUUUUAAAAACUCGCCUCACACUGUGAUCGAUCAGUAUGAAGAAAGAACAACGGGUGGUAACAUGAUAAAAACAUGGUCGUUGAGGAUGUUGUUUCAAAGCCUAACACAACGAAAUGCACAGUGCUUUCUAAGGUGAUGAUUACUUCAAAACACUCAUACGUAUAUUUGAGUUUAUGCAUACGUAUAUACUGUAGGCCUAAUAUAUGAGUCAAAGCCCAGGGGGGAAAAACGCUGAAUUAAAAUAAUGAUUAUGCCGUUAUACAAAUCUUAACGCUACAGCAUAGAAUGACAUUCUACACGAUUCUGUGCUUCCAACAUUGUGGCAACAGUUUGGGAAAGGCCCUUUCCUGUGCCCCCGUGCACAAAGCAAGGCAUAUUACGUAUGGGCAGAAAAACAUUUUUUUUUUAAAGCUGAUUUAAGAUGUUUUUGGUACAUACAGUGGGGAGAACAAGUAUUUGCAGUACUGAGUAGAGAACAGGAGGGCUUCUUAAAGGAAAAACUAACAGGUCUGUGAGAGCCGGAAUUCUUACUGGUUGGUAGGUGAUCAAAUACUUAUGUCAUGCAAUAAAAUGCAAAUUAAAAUUACUUUAAAAUCAUACAAUGUGAUUUUCUGGAUUUUUGUUUUAGAUUCCGUCUCUCACAGUUGAAGUGUACCUAUGAUAAAAAUUACAGACCUCUACAUGCUUUGUAAGUAGGAAAACCUGCAAAAUCGGCAGUGUAUCAAAUACUUCUUCUCCCCACUGUAACUGGUCUAGCCUAUACUCUAAAAAUUAAACAAAUUCUAGUAAUCGCCUUUGAGUGUGGACUGUACUAUUAUGCAAACUGGAUGGACUGGUUACCUUAUGCUACGCUUCAAACUUGAUAUCCCAUGAGUCUGGGAGAGAACGUAUAGAUAAGCUUAGGCAAAUGCCGUUGCUUCACUGAUUGUGCAGGGCGUCUUACAGAGUCGGCCUACAAUUAUAGUGAAUUUGUAUUUGAUAUUGAAUAGCCUAGUAAUAGGGAUUUCUUUUCAUAUUUUUCAUAAUUAGUAGCCUGACACAUUACCUUUUAGCUACAGAAUAUCUCACUACCGUGAUUUUCCAUCUCCUGGGGGCUGUCAACGGUUUAAUUAAAUAUGUUUUGUUUUGAAAACAUGUUACUAUCAAUGUUCCCGAACAGAUGUCACUUGGUUUCCCAAAUUAACCACUAUGUAGCUGCAGGAACAGGGUUGGAGAGCCCAUGGCAUACAGAGUUUGGGCGGAAUAUUACCUGUCGAGCAGGAAGAGGCUGCAUGCUCCUCAAACAGUGGUUGGUUGAUGCUUGGAGUGAAAUAACCGGAGUAGCCUACCCUCGCUAUUCGAGUCAGACAGAGGACAUGUCUCUCCCCCCCCCCCCCCCCCCCCCCCCCUUCCUGUCCGUUUGAUAAUGGGCCAUUCUAACUAUAUAUACAAAAGUAUGUGGACACCCCUUCAAAUUAGUGGAUUCAUCUAUUUCAGCCACACCCGUUGCUGACAGGUAUAUAAAAUCGAGCACACAGCCAUGCAAACUCCAUAGACAAACAUUGGCAGUAGAAGGGCUAGGCCCUUAGUUCCAGUGAAGGGAAAUCUUAACGCUACAGCAUAGAAUGACAUUCUACACGAUUCUGUGCUUCCAACAUUGUGGCAACAGUUUGGGAAAGGCCCUUUCCUGUGCCCCCGUGCACAAAGCAAGGUCCAUACAGAAAUGAUUUGUCGAGAUCAGUGUGGAAGAACUUGACUGGCCUGCACAGAGCCCUGACCUCAACCCCAUCGAACAACUUUGGAAUGAAUUGGAACACCAACUGCGAGCCGGGCCUAAUCGCCCAACAUCAGUGCCCGACCUCACUAAUGCUCUUGUGGCUGAAUGGAAGAAAGUCCCCGCAGCAAUGUUCCAACAUCUAGUGGAAAGCCUUCCCAGAAGAGUAGAGGCUGUUAUAGCAGCAAAGGGGGGACCAACUUCAUAUGAAUGCCCAUCAUUAAUAACCUAUAGUCGCAUCUUGCAGCCCAUAUAUCUUUUGAUUUCUAAGACAUUCUAAGUUUGUAUCAUUCACAACUAAAGUUGCCAAAUAACUCAAAAUCGAGUUUAUAGGACCUGUUUCAAAUUAUCACUUUUACGUUCAACAUUGCCACUUCAUAUGUGCACUCGCUCAGGAAUGGGAAAAAUAUCCUUUUUAUUUUUUGUUCAAUUACAUUAUUCUUACUAUAAAAUCAUAUAAUAUAAAAUAAUGGCACGGGACUUAUAAGCAUAUCUUGUCUGCUAAAUUAACUAGCAUACUGCCCAUGGCAUGGCGCAUAGCCAGAUAGUCUAACAUACAGUAGGCCAACUCAUAUUCUGUUCUUCUGAAAUACAUUUUCUUCAUAUCGUUUUUUUAGACCUGCCUAAAAUAAAUAAUGUAUUUAUUGUGAUGGUGUGUAUUAAAUGUAUUUAUUCUACUUUUUUUAAAUGUAGAUGUUCCAAAGGCGUGCAUCAGCGGCUUGUAUGUGUGCCAGGAGAUGCUAAACGUGUUUAUGUUAAUUAACGGUCAAUUACUGUGAGACCGGCAGUCUUUUGCGUGACAACAACUGGCUGACAAUUUCUUGACUGCCACAGCCCUAGCCUUAACACUAUCCUAGAUGAAUAUGGACUAGUAGUCUCCCCCCAUCACUUCUAUCCUGGCCCCAGAUCUGUUUGGGACUUCAACAAGAUUUCAGAGUGCACAGAGCUCUUCUGCCCUAAGACCAUCCUAGAUCAUGUGGUUCCUGCUGUUCUUUGUAGCGUCACUCUUCUCAGCUGUUUUCAACAUUACUGGCCAUUAGUUGUAUAUUUACAGCUCAUUGAAUAAGAAUAAUUGUGCAGCUGUUGUUUUAGAUGAGAACACUGUGAGGGUCAUCUAUAGAACACUGUGAGGGUCAUCUAUAGAACACUGUGAGGGUCAUCUAUAGAACACUCUGAGGGUCAUCUAUAGAACACUGUGAGGGUCAUCUAUAGAGCACUGUGAGGGUCAUCUAUAGAACACUGUGAGGGUUGUCUAUAGAACACUGUGAGGGUCAUGUAUAGAACACUGUGAGGGUCAUGUAUAGAACACUGUGAGGGUCAUGUAUAGAACACUGUGAGGGUCAUGUAUAGAACACUGUGAGGGUCGUCUAUAGAACACUGUGAGGGUCGUCUAUAGCACACUGUGAGGGUCGUCUAUAGAACACUGAGGGUCAUGAGGGUCAUGUAUAGAACACUGUGAGGGUCGUCUAUAGAACACUGUGAGGGUCGUCUAUAGAACACUGUGAGGGUCGUCUAUAGAACACUGUGAGGGUCGUCUAUAGAACACUGAGGGUCGUCUAUAGGACACUGUGAGGGUCGUCUAUAGAACACUGUGAGAGUCGUCUAUAGAACACUGAGGGUCGUCUAUAGAACACUGAGGGUUGUCUAUAGAACACUGUGAGGGACGUCUAUAGAACACUGAGGGUCGUGAGGGUUAUGUAUAGAACACUGUGAGGGUUGUCUAUAGAACACUGUGAGGGUUGUCUAUAGAACACUGUGAGGGACGUCUAUAGAACACUGUGAGGGACGUCUAUAGAACACAGAGUCAUCUAUAGAACACUGUGAGAGUCAUCUAUAGAACACUGUGAGGGUCGUCUAUAGAACACUGAGAGUCAUCUAUAGAACACUGUGAGAGUCAUCUAUAGAACACUGUGAGGGUCAUGUAUAGAACACUGUGUGGGUCAUCUAUUGAACACUGUGAGGGUCAUCUAUUGAACACUGUGAGGGUCAUCUAUUGAACACUGUGAGGGUCAUCUAUAGAACACUGUGAGGGUCAUCUAUAGAACACUGUGAUGGUCAUCUAUAGAACACUGUGAGGGUCAUCUAUAGAACACUGUGAGGGUCAUCUAUAGAACACUGUGAGGGUCAUCUAUAGAACACUGUGAGGGUCAUCUAUAGAACACUGUGAGGGUCAUCUAUAGAACACUGUGAUGGUCAUCUAUAGAACACUGUGAGGGUCAUCUAUAGAACACUGUGAGGGUCAUCUAUAGAACACUGUGAGGGUCAUCUAUAGAACACUGUGAGGGUCAUCUAUAGAACACUGUGAGGGUCAUCUAUAGAACACUGUGAGGGUCAUCUAUAGAACACUGUGAGGGUCAUCUAUAGAACACUGUGAGGGUCAUCUAUAGAACACUGUGAGGGUCAUCUAUAGAACACUGUGAGGGUCAUGUAUAGAACACUGUGAGGGUCAUCUAUAGAACACUGUGAGGGUCAUCUAUAGAACACUGUGAGGGUUGUCUAUAGAACACUGUGAGGGUCGUCUAUAGAACACUGUGAGGGUCAUCUAUAGAACACUGUGAGGGUCAUCUAUAGAACACUGUGAGGGUCAUCUAUAGAACACUGUGAGGGUCAUCUAUAGAACACUGUGAGGGUCAUCUAUAGAACACUGUGAGGGUCAUCUAUAGAACACUGUGAGGGUCAUCUAUAGAACACUGUGAGGGUCAUGUAUAGAACACUGUGAGGGUCAUCUAUAGAACACUGUGAGGGUCAUCUAUAGAACACUGUGAGGGUUGUCUAUAGAACACUGUGAGGGUCGUCUAUAGAACACUGUGAGGGUCAUCUAUAGAACACUGUGAGGGUCAUCUAUAGAACACUGUGAGGGUCAUCUAUAGAACACUGUGAGGGUCAUCUAUAGAACACUGUGAGGGUCGUCUAUAGAACACUGUGAGGGUCAUCUAUAGAACACUGUGAGGGUCAUCUAUAGAACACUGUGAGGGUCAUCUAUAGAACACUGUGAGGGUCACGUAUAGAACACUGUGAGGGUCAUCUAUAGAACACUGUGAGGGUCAUCUAUAGAACACUGUGAGGGUCAUGUAUAGAACACUGUGAGGGUCAUGUAUAGAACACUGUGAGGGUCAUCUAUAGAACACUGUGAGGGUCAUGUAUAGAACACUGUGAGGGUCAUCUAUAGAACACUGUGAGGGUCAUCUAUAGAACACUGUGAGGGUCAUGUAUAGAACACUGUGAGGGUCAUCUAUAGAACACUGUGAGGGUCAUCUAUAGAACACUGUGAGGGUCAUGUAUAGAACACUGUGAGGGUCAUCUAUAGAACACUGUGAGGGUCAUGUAUAGAACACUGAUGGUCAUCUAUAGAACACUGUGAGGGUCAUCUAUAGAACACUGUGAGGGUCAUCUAUAGAACACUGUGAGGGUCAUCUAUAGAACACUGUGAUGGUCAUCUAUAGAACACUGUGAGGGUCAUCUAUAGAACACUGUGAGGGUCAUCUAUAGAGUAAGGUAAAGUGACACAUCUGUGUUUGUUAGUUGUGGUCCUCUGUAGCUCAGCUGGUAGAGCACGGCGCUUAUAACGCCAAGGUAGUGGGUUCGAUCCCCGGGACCACCCCAUACAGAAAAAAAUGUUUAUGCACGCAUGACUGUAAGUCGCUUUGGAUAAAAGCGUCUGCUAAAUGGCAUAUUAUUAUUAGUUGGCCUGCCUCUGGAGCUCUGUGCUGCAAGCUAUGGCCUAUCACACCUGUCCACCUCAACACUUUCUGCAUCCAAAUGCUCUACCCUUCUGCCUCCAUCUGUGUGCUUGGGACACGCCUCGGUGUGUCGCACAUUGAUUACAUCAUCACUUUACAUCCUACUCUCUCUCCGAUAGGGAAUGCACUGAGGAGAUGCCUAUAAGUGUUUACCUCCAAAUACAUGUUUGAUGUUUCAAUGUGUUUCAUCACCUAAGUGACGUUUGCAGCUUCUCUCGAGAUCACGUUUUUAAAAGAUUGUGAUAAUGAUCUUGCUUUAACUUGGACAAGUCUGGUCUAGUGUUUGUGUCUGACCUCUGGGGGUCUGACAUUUUUAAGCACAGUACUGUUGUUCCUAACUGUUUCCACACCGUACAAGCGAGAAUAUUCAUAUAAUAUUGAAGUUCACUCUCUUAGCGCCUUUGUUUGUUUGUUGAUCUCCUUUAGCCUACAAACGUGCUAUUUUUGUGUGUUUCAGAAGUUCCUGUUCUUCGUGUUGAAGAGCAGUGAUGUUCUGGAUGUCCUGGUACCUAUCCUGUUCUACCUGAAUGAUGCACGGGCUGACCAGUGUGAGUCACACAGAACUGUGUUCUUUUCUUCUUCUAGCGUUGAAGUGGGAAGUUUACGUACACCCUACUAACAUACUGGGCCCGUAUGCAUAAAGCAUCUCAGAGUCGGUCUAGUAUCAGUUCCCGUCUGUGUAUUCAUUUUAAUCUAAAAGACAACGCGGAUCGUAGAUCAGCACUUCUACUCUGAGAUGCUUUAUGGGUAGUUGGCUCCUAGUUUGUUUGUGGUCAGAGAGAGGAUUAUGAACUGAAGAGCGGGCGGCAGGUAGCUUAGUGGGUAAGAGCGUUGUGCCAGUAACCGAAAGGUCGCUGGUUCGAAUCCCCAAGCAGACUAGGUGAAAAAUCUGUCGAUGUGCCCUUAAGCAAGGCACUUAACCCUAAUUGCUCAUGUAAGUCGCUCUGGAUUUUAGCGUCUGCUAAAUGACUAAAAUGUAAUGUAAAUGAAGAGUGCAUCAGUUGAUGAAACAUACAGUUGAAAUCAGACCUUUAGCCAAAUACAUUUAAACUCAAAUUUUCACAAUUCCUGACAUUUAAUCCUAGUAAAAACUCCCUGUCUUAGGUCAGUUAGGAUCACCACUUUAUUUUAAGAAUGUGAAAUGUCAGAAUAAUAGUAGAGAUAAUGAUUUAUUUCAGCUUUUAUUUCUUUCAUCAUAUUCCCAGUGGGUCAGAAGUUUACAUACACUCAAUUAGUAUUUGGUAGCAUUGCCUUUAAAUUGUUUAACUUGGGUCAAACGUUUCGGGUAGCCUUCCACAAGCUACCCACAAUAAGUUGGGUGAAUUUUGGCCCAUUCCUUCUGACAGAGCUGGUGUAACUGAGUCAGGUUUGUAGGCCUCCUUGCUCGCACACGCUUUUUCAGUUCUGCCCACACAUUUUCUAUAGGAUUGAGGUCAGGGCUUUGUGAUGGCCACUCCAAUACCUUGACUUUGUUGUCCUUAAGCCAUUUUGCCACAACUUUGGAAGUAUGCUUGGGGUCAUUGUCCAUUUGGAAGACCCAUUUGCGACCAAGCUUUAACUUCCUGACUGAUGUCUUGAUGUUGCUUCAAUACAUCCACAUCAUUUUCCUUCCUCAUGAUGCCAUCUAUUUUGUGAAGUGCACCAGUCCCUCCUGCAGCAAAGCACCCUCACAGCAUUAUGCUGCCACCCCCGUGCUUCACGGUUGGGAUGGUGUUCUUUGGCUUGCAAGCACCCCCCUUUUUCCUCUAAACAUAACGAAGGUCAUUAUGGCCAAACAGUUCUAUUUUUGUUUCAUCAGACCAGAGGACAUUUCUCCAAGAAGUACGAUCUUUGUCCCCAUGUGCAGUUGCAAACCGUAGUCUGGCUUUUUUAUGGCGGUUCUGGAGCAGUAGCUUCUUCCUUGCUGAGCAGCCUUUCAGGUAUAUAGGACUCGAUAUAGGACUCAUUUUACUGUGGAUAUAGAUACUUUUGUACUUGUUUCCUCCAGCAUCUUCACAAGGUCCUUUGCUGCUGUUCUGGGAUUGAUUUGCACUUUUCGCACCAAGGUACGUUCAUUUCUAGGAGACAGAACGCGUCUCCUUCCUGAGCUGUAUGACGGCUGCGUGGUCCCAUGGUGUUUAUACUUGCGUACUAUUGUUUGUACAGAUGAACGAAUUACCUUCAGGCGUUUGGAAAUUGCUCCCAAGGAUGAACCAGACUUGUGGAGGUCUACAAAUAAAUUCUGAGGUCUUGGCUGAUUUCUUUUCAUUUUCCCAAGAUGUCAAGCAAAGAGGCACUGAGUUUGAAGGUAGGCCUUGAAAUACAGUCGUGGUCAAACGUUUUGAGAAUGACACAAGUAUUGGUCUUCACAAAGUUCGCUGCUUCAGUGUUAUGAGAUAUUUUUGUCAGAUGUUACUAUGGUAUACUGAAGUAUAAUUACAAGCAUUCCAUAAGUGUCAAAGGCUUUUAUUGACAAUUACAUUAAGUUUAUGCAAAGAGGAGUCAAUAUUUGCAGUGUUGACCCUUCUUUUUCAAGAACUCUGCAAUCCACCCUGGCAUGCUGUCAAUUAACUUCUGGACCACAUCCUGACUGAUGGCAGCCCAUUCUUGCAUAAUCAAUGCUUGGAGUUUGUCAGAAUUUGUGGGUUUUUGUUUGUCCACCCGCCUCUUGAGGAUCGACCACAAGUUCUCAAUGGGAUUAAGGUCUGGGGAGUUUCCUGGCCAUGGACCCAAAAUGCCGAUGUUUUGUUCCCCGAGCCACUUAGUUAUCACUUUUGCCUUAUGACAAGGAGCUCCAUCAUGCUGGAAAAGGCAUUGGUCGUCACCAAACUGUUCUUGGAUGGUUGGGAGAAGUUGCUCUCGGAGGAUGUGUUGGUACCAUUCUUUAUUCAUGGCUGUGUUCUUAGGCAAAAUUGUGAGUGAGCCCACUCCCUUGGCUGAGAAGCAACCCCACACAUGAAUGGUCUCAGGAUGCUUUACGCAUGACACAGGACUGAUGGUAGCGCUCACCUUGUCUUCUCCGGACAAGGUGUUUUCCGGAUGCCCCAAACAAUCGGAAAGGGGAUUCAUCAGAGAAAAUGACUUUACCCCAGUCCUCAGCAGUCCAAUCCCUGUACCUUUAGCAGAAUAUCAGUCAGUCCUUGAUGUUUUUCCUGGAGAGAAGUAGCUUCUUUGCUGCCCUUCUUGACACCAGGCCAUCCUCCAAAAGUCUUCGCCUCACUGUGCAUGCUGAUGCACUCACACCUGCCUGCUGCCAUUCCUGAGCAAGCUCUGCACUGGUGGUGCCCCGAUCCCCCAGCUGAAUCAACUUUAGGAGACGGUCCUGGCGCUUGCUGGACUUUCUUGGGCGCCCUGACGCCUUCUUCACAACAAUUGAACCUCUCUCCUUGAAGUUCUUGAUGAUCCGAUAAAUGGUUGAUUUAGGUGCAAUCUUACUAGCAGCAAUAUCCUUGCCUGUGAAGCCCUUUUUGUGCAAAGCAAUGAUGACGGCACGUGUUUCCUUGCAGGUAACCAUGGUUAACAGAGGAAGAACAAUGAUUUCAAGCACCACCCUCCUUUUAAAGCGUCCAGUCUGUUAUUCUAACUCAAUCAGCAUGACAGAGUGAUCUCCAGCCUUGUCCUCGUCAACACUCUCACCUGUGUUAACGAGAUAAUCACUGACAUGAUGGCAGCUGGUCCUUUUGUGGCAGGGCUGAAAUGCAGUGGAAAUGUUAUUUUGGGAUUAAGUUAAUUUUCAUGGCAAAGAGGGACUUUGCAAUUAAUUGCAAUUCAUUUGAUCACUCUUCAUGACAUUUUGGAGUAUAUGCGAAUCAAAACUGAGGCAGCAGACUUUGUGAAAAUUAGUGUUUGUGUCAUUCUCAAAACUUUUGACCACGACUGUACAUCCACAGGUACAUUUUUACAUUUUAGUCAUUUAACAGACGCUCUUAUCCAGAGCGACUUACAGUGCAUACAUUUUUCAUACUGGCCCCCCGUGGGAAACAAACCCACAACCCUGGCAUUGCAAGCGCCAUGCUCUACCAACUGAGCUACACAGGGCCCAAUUGACUCAAAUUAUGUCAAUUAGCCUAUCAGAAGCUUCUAAAGCCAUGACAUCAUUUUCUGGAAUUUUCCAAGCUGUUUAAAGGCACAGUCAACUUAGUGUAUGUAAACUUCUGACCCACUGGAAUUGUGAUACAGUGAAUUAUAAGUGUUGGGAAAAUUACUUGUGUCAUGCACAAAGUGGAUGUCCUAACCGACUUGCCAAAACGAUAGUUUGUUAACAAGAAAUGUGUGGAGUGGUUGAAAAACGAGUUUUAAUGACUCCAACCUAAGUGUAUGUAAACGUCCGACUUCAACUGUAUGUGCUGUGUGUGUGUGUGCAGCUCGUGUGGGCCUGUUACACAUCGGUGUGUUCAUCCUGCUACUACUGAGUGGGGAGAGGAACUUUGGUGUGCGUCUGAAUAAACCCUACUCGGUACGAGUCCCCAUGGACAUCCCUGUGUUCACUGGCACUCAUGCUGACCUGCUCAUAGUGGUGAGUAGAGCUGUCCGAGAGACGUCUCAAUGCUUCCCUGGAUGCAUGUGGGAGGAUGGAAUGGUACAGUAGCGUGUUCCGAUGAAGGUCGUUGUUUACCGAUGGCAGAGGCACAAAACAAUUCAAAAAAUAUAAUUCAAGCGCGCAAAAUACUAUCGUAGCAUGAUAUACAGUAUAAACAUAACUGUCUGGACACUGGUGGAUCAUUUGCCUCAUGGCAGUCUUCAUUUGUGAUUGUCUAGAUUUUCCACAAGAUUAUCACUAGUGGACACCAACGCCUGCAGCCCCUCUUUGACUGCCUGCUCACUGUCGUAGUGAACGGUGAGUGCACAGAGAUAUAAUACUACUAUUCUAAUUGAAAUCUUUGGGUGAGUGUCUGGCUGUCAUUGAAAUGGUCGCCACCUGUUGGCUUCAUCUGGGUAUUGCAUGUUAUUGACAACAGUACUCCACCAUCCUCCACAGUGUCUCCCUACCUGAAGAGUCUGUCCAUGGUGGCAGCUAACCAACUAACUCCUGUUUCUCCUCCACAGUGUCUCCCUACCUGAAGAGUCUGUCCGUGGUGGCAGCUAACCAACUAACUCCUGUUUCUCCUCCACAGUGUCUCCCUACCUGAAGAGUCUGUCCAUGGUGGCAGCUAACCAACUAACUCCUGUUUCUCCUCCACAGUGUCUCCCUACCUGAAGAGUCUGUCCGUGGUGGCAGCUAACCAACUAACUCCUGUUUCUCCUCCACAGUGUCUCCCUACCUGAAGAGUCUGUCCAUGGUGGCAGCUAACAAGCUGCUCCACCUCCUGGAAGCCUUCUCCACCAACUGGUUCCUCUUCUCCGCCUCCCAGAACCACCAUCUUGUCUUCUUCCUGCUGGAGGUCUUCAACAACAUCAUCCAGUACCAGUUUGAUGGUAAAGCCUGGCUCUAGUUUGCUCAGGUCCCAGAUCUGAUUGUGCUUUCUUGCCGGACAUGGAGUUGUCAAGUGACAAGGAGUUGUCAAGACUAGUUAAAUAAAGGUUACAUGAAAAAAAUAAAAAAUAAAAUAGGCUCUAGUCUCACGUUGUCAGACAUCACACAGUUGUAAAGCAAAUCUAGAAUGGCUGGGGUCGAGAGGCUGGCUCAGACUCCUCCAGAGAUGUUACCUAGCACAGACUGGGCACUAUGGGAACUGUGCCACCUCUUGGUGGACAAUGGGAUUGCAUCAACAAUGAUCGACGUGAAAUAACCUCAAUAUAACCUGCCAGACUGACACUAUUUAAAAGAUCCCCCUUUUCCCUACUUCUUUCUGGAAACGUUGACAUUAUAAACCUGCCUAGUAACUGUUCCUAGGUAACUGUAACCUGGUGUACGCCAUCAUCCGGAAGCGCAACGUCUUUCACCAGCUGGCCAAUCUGACCUCUGACCCAGCCACCAUCCACAAGGUAGAGAGAGAGAGAGAGAAUGUGCUUUCUAAUGUAGAACUCUAUCCUCUUGCAUUUAACAGUAAAAGGAGGCUUUAAGCCAACGGUCAAUAUUCUCCCGCAGGGUUUAAAAAAAAAAUGUUUUAUGUUGUAGUGUGCUGUGAGUGAUCCAUGUGAAAUGCACUUUUAAAUAAAUCUGACUUGACAAAACAGUUGAUCACAUAAAACAUGUAAAGUGGGUCAGUAAUCACUUGGUUCAGUUGCUUUGCGGAAUAAUUAAAUGUUCCAUUCUUAUAACGAGGCCCUACAGGUGAAGAAGAAGAGUACAGCCGGUAUCUCCCGUAUCAACUCCCAGGAGACCAUCUCCAUGGAGGGGUCCCGACCGGCCGUCCCAGCUGAGCCAGGGACACUCAAAGCCAGUCUCGUGGCCAUACCAGGUACCCCCCCUCUUCUGGAGCUCACCAUGCAUGCCUGUAUUUUGCACAUUCCCAUAUGGUAUGUUAAGGUUUUGUUUUUAUAUUUAAUUAUAUUCAAUUCUUUUAACUGGGCUUGCCGGGUUUCCACUUAGCUAUCACUAACUUAUGUCCUACUACUCUGUUCGUCACAGAACUUCUGCAAUUCUCUCAGCCCUUUUUAUAAAAAAAAACAUAGUUUUUUUUAAAAGUCGUAAUACAAUUAUUUUCAGAGUUUUUUUUUUUUUUUCAUUGUUAGAAACCAUUGAAGCGUUCCCUAAGGGUCUUUCUUGUUGUGUUUGGUCCCUGUAGCUAUCGACAAGCUGACAGAGAAGGCUCAUGUCUCUGAGGAUGGCACCAUGGUCUGUCUCCAGCAGAUGACCACUGACCAGGACGCACACUCUCCCCAACACACACACGCUCCGCAGCCUCAGGCGGCUGGUGACCAGGACGCACACUCUACCCAACACACACACGCUCCGCAGCCUCAGGCGGCUGGUGACCAGCACAGACACUCUCCUCGGUCCUCUGCCGCUGACACCAGUGGUAUAGCAGGAGCCAGCGACACAGAGUCCAACUCGGGGAGAGAUAACAAGGUAAGAGCUCUGAAUAUAGAGACUCAUGAACGCAGCUCACUGGAAAGCAAGCCUUGUGGGAAUCAUUUAGAGUGAAGUUAUAAACAGGACAAAAUAACUUGUCAGAGGUAUACAGUAUGUUACGGCUCUCCGUGACAUUAAGAUUGAGCCUAGUGACUACAAUGGUUCCUAUUCUUCCUAUCAAGGAGGCCUUUCAACCAGAGUCAGAGCUGGCCAGGAGUCGUUUGUCCAGUGUAUCUUCAUCAGCUACGUACUGGAACCCCACUCCAGACUGGGUAAGAGCCCUCCCUCCCUCCCUCCAUGUCUCCCUCCCUCCAUGUCUCCCUCCCUCCAUCCAUCCAUGUCUCCCUCCCUCCCUCCCUCCCUCCCUCCCUCUCCUCCCUCCCUCUCCUCCCUCUCCUCCCUCCCUCUCCUCCCUCUCCUCCCUCCUUGUCUCCCUCCCUCCCCCUCAAUCAUACAGUACAUUCACAGCUGUGGUGUUAUGUACAUCAUUGGUAAGAUCCCUCCCUCCUGAUAGGUCGUAACCUCUUCUUCCUGCUCUGUACUGUUCUGUACUAGGUCAUCUCCUGGAAGAGUAAGCUUCCUCUCCAGACUAUCAUGAGGCUGCUACAAGUUCUGGUUCCUCAGGUGGAGAAGAUCUGCAUAGACAAGUAAGCAAGACGAGGAACCUAAGGGAAAUGGAGGGGUUACAUUUCGUGAUUUUGGUUGUGGAACCCCAAGUGUUCAGAAAACUGAGCGUUUAGAAAUAGAUGUCUCUAUGACCGAGAGUAUCGAUAGGAUUAUGUGAUCUUGAUUGUGGAACCCAGACGUGAUCAGAACACAGUGAUCAAUAGAAUUCACUAGAACUGGAUUAGCAUGGAUGAGCGAGGCUAUAUUUAUGGAUACAACCUGCCCAGGGACUGCAGUUGAAAAUUAGCCGGCUGGCUAAAACUGGAAUGUUUUAUUUAAUGUGCACUGUCCCUGUAAAACUGAAUGUACUAAAGUAAAGUUAUAUGUUUUAUCUCUUCCAGGGGUCUGACCGACGAGUCGGAGAUCCUGAAGUUCCUCCAGCAUGGCACCCUGGUGGGCCUCCUGCCCGUGCCACACCCCAUCCUCAUCAGGAAGUACCAGGCUAACGCGGGCACCGCCAUGUGGUUCCGCACAUACAUGUGGGGAGUCAUCUACCUACGGUGAGCAACAUGGGCCAAAUGAAAAGGGGAAACAUUUUAAGAUAUUUACAAUGGUUAAUGAUGGUGAUAUAUAAUGUCAAUAGUAGUAAAAUACCUAAUCCACAGAAUGAAUAAGACCAGCCACUAUAGUUCAGACUGAGUUAACACACACUACCAGUCAAAAGGUUGGACACACCUACUCAUUCAAGGGAUUUUCUUUAUUUUUACCAUUUUUUACAUUGUAGAAUAAUAGUGAAGACAACAAAACUAUGAAAUAACACAUAUGGAAUCAUGUAGUAACCAAAAAAAGUGUUAAACAAAUCAAAAUAUAUUUUAAAUUUGAUAUUCUUCAAAUAGCCACCAUUUGUGGAAUUUCUUUCCUUAAUGCGUUUGAGCCAAUCAGUUGUGUUGUGACAAGGUAGGGGGGUAUACAGAAGAUAGCCCUAUUUGGUAAAAGAUCAAGUCCAUAUUAUGGUAAGAACAGCUCAAAUAAGCAAAGAGAAACAACAGUCCAUUAUUUUAAGACAUGAAGGUCAGUCAAUACGGAAAAUGUCAAGAACUUUGAAAGUUUCUUCAAGUGCAGUCGCAAAAACCAUCAAGCGCUAUGAUGAAACUGGCUCUCAUGAGGACCGCCACAGGAAUGGAAGACCCAGAGUUACCUCUGCUGCAGAGGAUAAGUUAAUUAGAGUUACCAGCCUCUGUAUUUUUUGCAGCCCAAAUAAAUGCUUCACAGAGUUCAAGUAACAGACACAUCUCAACAUCAACUGUUCAGAGGAGACUGCGUGAAUCAGGCUUUCAUGGUCGAAUUUCUGCAAAGAAACCACUACUAAAGGACACCAUUAAGAAGAAGAGACUUGCUUGGGACAAGAAACAUGAGCAAUGGACAUUAGAUUGGUGGAAAUCUGUCCUUUGGUCUGGAGUCCAAAUUGGAGAAUUUUGGUUCCAACUGCCGUGGGUGAACGGAUGAUCUCCGCAUGUUUAUUUCCCACCGUAAAGCAUGGAGGAGGAGGUGUUAUGGUGUGGGGGUGCUUUGCUGGUGACACUGUCUUUGAUUUAUUUAGAAUUCAAGGCACACUUAACCAGCAUGGCUACCACAGCGUUCUACAGCGAUACGCCAUCCCAUCUGGUUUGGGCUUAGUGGGACUAUCAUUUGUUUUUCAACAGGACAAUGACCCAACACACCUCCAGGCUGUGUAAGAGCUAUUUUAUCAAGGCUGAGAGUGAUGGAGUGCUGCAUCAGAUGACCUGGCCUCCACAAUCACCCAAACUCAACCCAAUUGAUAUGGUUUGGGAUGAGUCAGACCGCAGAGUGAAGGAAAAGCAGCCAACAGGUGCACAGCAUAUGUGGGAAUUCCUUCAAGACUGUUUGAAAAGCAUUCCAGGUGAAGCUGGUUGAUUGAAUACCAUGAGUGUGCAAAGCUGCCAUCAAGGCAAAGGGUGGCUAUUUGAAGAAUCUCAAAUAAAAAAUAUAUUUUGAUUUGUUUAACACUUUUUUGGUUACUACAUGAUUCCAUAUGUGUUAUUUCAUGGUGUUGAUGUUUUCACUUCUUUUAUUCUACAAUAUAGAAAAUAGUUAAAAUAAAGAAAAACCCUGGAAUGAGUAGGUGUAUACAAACUUUUGACAGGUACUGUAUAUUUUGGAGUAAUUACAAUAGAGCAGUGGGUUUUUCCUGAAAGCAGGUUUAUUAAAUUGGUCAGCUGAUUAUUAUAAAUAUAAUUCUGGUUGAUUUAAGAAAGCUACAUUUGUAUUGGUUGUUGUUGUCAAGUCAAUUAUACAUUAUCAUUAUAUUUCUCAAAAUGAUUAAGUUAUUUCAAGCAAUUUUGGUCAUCUGGCUAACUUAUUGAUCCAGCUUUCUGGAACAGCCCCCAGCCAGGUCUAGGAAGAGCCCCCAGCCAGGUCUAGGAAGAGCCCCCAGCCAGGUCUAGGAAGAGCCCCCAGCCAGGUCUAGGAAGAGCCCCCAGCCAGGUCUAGGAAGAGCCCCCAGCCAGGUCUAGGAAGAGCCCCCAGCCAGGUCUAGGAAGAGCCCCCAGCCAGGUCUAGGAAGAGCCCCCAGCCAGGUCUAGGAAGAGCCCCCAGCCAGGUCUAGGAGGAGCCCCCAGCCAGGUCUAGGAAGAGCCCCCAGCUGGUGGUCAGCCACACCUACUAGCUGAGUCACUUAUUUCAUGAAGCACAGGUGGUGGUUGUCAUGGUCACUCAAAUCAAAUCUGAUCUUUAUUAACAAUGACUCUUGUUGUUACCGUAGUAACGUGGAUCCUCCGAUCUGGUAUGACACUGACGUCAGACUGUUUGAGAUCCAGAGGAUCUAAGUGGAGCAGGUGAACAGGUCUCUUUACGACUGCGUCCCAAAUAGCACCCUAUCCCGUUCAUAGUGAACUAAUUUUGACAAGAGCCCAAUGGGCCCUGUAAAAGGUAGUGCACUAUAUAGUGGAUAGAGCGCAAUUUGGGAAGCAGAUGACGUCUCUGGACUGGCUGGUUCGCCCUCGGAACCACCAACAAGUAUCCCUCUCCCACCAACUGCCAUCUUCAAACCUGAACAGAAGUGUGGAAGAGGAGGAGGAUGGAUGAAGAUUUCACCGGACACACCUGUACUAGAAAACAAGAAUUUACAGUGUUUGUUUUCUCUAUUUUGUUUCUUGCCAAGUGCCAACCCGUAGAACAUCAUGUAACAAACCACUGUCAAUAAACCACUUUUCCAACAAGCUGUCUGCUACUACAACUGCCAAAAGGUCUGCCAUAUCAACCCUCUUCUAUUCAUGUAUUGGCAGCUUUCUGUGGGUAUAAUCCUUCACUUCUUCAAACUUUAAGUAUUUUUUUUUUGCCAAACAAAUGCAUGUAUACACCACUGUAUGUAUACGUUAGGUAUGAUUUAUUUUGCCAUUGUUUCAAUUUUUAUGUUUUAGAUGAAAGUUUAUUGUACUUAUUAUUUUCAGAAUCUCUUCUUGAAAUGCUUUUACUGGGAGUUUAAUUUUUGGUAUCCCUUUUAUCACGGUAAAGCUGCUUUUCAUUUUGUAAGAGUGUGAAAUAGAGACUGACAGUGACCGACUAGAGCGAGCCUCACUGAAGGAGGCAGCUUUAAAAAUACCUGUGAACUGACUGACUGAGACGGGAAGCGAUAUCUCUGCAAUGUAUUGGCUUUUGAACUGCAGGCAAAUGCUGUUGUAUUCUGUGUCUGAUUUCAUAAUGUCAAUAUUUUCAAAGUACCGGAACUAUAUCAUAUUAAUAAAUCAUGAAUUAUAUCGAUUAUGAAUCAAAGUACACGUUUUUAAUGUCAAAACAGAAAUGUUUACAUGUCUCAUCUUUACAGUGAUUUGAUAUUUAGCUAGUCACUAGUAGUCAGUCGGCACAACAUUUCACCAAGGAUAUAAAAAGGUGGAGGGAGCUCAUUGUGGCCUUAUGUCCCAGAGGGGAGGAGUUUGUCAGUGUUGUGGUCCCUGUUCCUCAGGCAGUGAUGAGGAGCUCCAUCAGGUCCCCCACAGAGUGCAUCCUACAGAAGACUCCCAGAGGCUGA